GCUGAGCCAUUGGGGGUGGAGAGGGGAGCCAGCCACCGGGAAAUGCUGGGCGCGCUGGGGGAGGGCAUUAAGGGGUUAAAAGCCAUGGGUCGAGGCUGAGGUAGUAAGCAGCUGGCUGCUGAGGUUGUGACCGCCGCCAGGACCCCUCACUCAGGUCCUGCCCACCCUGACCCCCGCACCGGAGCUGCCAUGUGGCCCCUGGCCGCUGCCGUCGCCUGCCUGACCGUGGCCUUGUCAGGAGGCAUCUCUCGGGAGUAUCCCAAGAUACUGAAUGGCACCAAUGGGACCAGUGGGUUUCUACCUGGUGGCUACACCUGCCUCCCCCAUUCCCAGCCCUGGCAAGUGGCCCUGCUGGUGAAGGGGCGGCUCCUCUGUGGCGGAGUCCUGGUCCACCCGAAAUGGGUCCUCACUGCUGCACACUGCUUGAAAGUCGGGUACACAGUUCACCUAGGCAAGCAUGUCCUGGGGCGCGUGGAGACCCACGAGCAGGUGAGGGCGGUGGCCCGCUCUGUCCCCCACCCCAAAUACCAGGUCAGCCCCACCCACCUGAACCACGACAACGACAUCAUGCUGCUGGAGCUGGAGACCCCGGUCCAGCUGACAGGCCACAUCCGCACCCUGCCCCUUUCCCGCAGUGACUGCCUGCCGCCCGGUACCUGCUGUCGGGUGUCGGGCUGGGGCACCACCACCAGCCCGCAGGUGAGCUACCCCAAAACCCUGCAGUGUGCGAACAUCCCGCUACGCUCAGAUGAGGAGUGCCGCCAUGUCUAUCCGGGCAAGAUCACUACCAACAUGCUGUGCGCUGGCACCAAAGAGGGGGGGAAAGACUCCUGCGAGGGUGACUCCGGGGGCCCACUGGUCUGCAACAACACACUCCAUGGCAUCAUCUCCUGGGGAGACUUCCCAUGCGGACAACCCAACCGGCCUGGCGUCUACACUCGAGUUUCCCGAUAUGUCUCGUGGAUCCACGAAACAAUCAAAGAUCACAAAACCCGGGAGCAGAAACGGACAAAGUCUACACAAUAAAAGCUGGGUUGAUUUACCUCCUUUCCACUUCCCACCGCACCCUCCUCACUUCGCUGGGCUCUUCUCUGUCCUUCCCAAAGUGUCCUGCUGGAAUCACAAUAUAUAACCUCAGCAUGCUC